UUUCAUAUUCUGUGGUACUAAAAAGAUUGAUUUCUGUUUCCUGAACAGGAUGUGGAUAAAAUACUAAUGGACCUCGAAGAUGAUGAAAGUGUUUAUAGAGGACUUAAAGAGGCACAUGAAUGUUUCAACCUAGAGUUUCACAGAUUACAAGCCCAUUCAGCAUGUGCCAGAAUUUUCUUUAUUGGAAUAAGGGCUGGUACGAUCAAUAAUGAAAGAAUCACUCUGGAGACAAUAAAUGGAGAGUGGUCAGAAAUGCCUCUGAACUGUAGAGAAAGCCUGGUCUUAUCCACAGAACCAGUUCAUUUGCAACUUAAGAGGCCAUGGGAUGUAGCUGAUGAUGUUGUAGGUGGUGUGGCAGUUGUUAAGUUUGAUGAAGCCAGGAAAGCUACUUGUGAGGGCCUGAUUUCAAGGUAUAAACCCUUAGUCAUAUUGAGGGAUGAAGAACCAGUUGAGAUGCUGAAUGAAUUUGAUGAGGUGAUUCCAGUUCCAGGGCGUUGGCAUGUCUUGUUUGACACUGGCAAUGAAGUAGCCACUGGCAUAUCCAGAGAGCUUCUAUUGAAGUUGAACCUGCAACCUGAUCCCAACAAGAAAAGGAAAGCUAAAUUACCAGGAGGAGGGUCAGGCGAGUUUGAAACCAUACAAAUUGUGCUUGCAAUUCGAGGAUACCAGUUUAGUGUUUGUGCAUUGGUUGAUGCCCCGGCCAAGGGCACUGAUCUGCUUGUGGGAAUGGAUGUCAUUCAGCAGCUGUUUGACCUAGGGUAUACUAUUGGUGACUAACUUAUGGUAUAUUUUAAGAAUUUCUACAAUGAUGAAUGCCAUUUGCGGCAAACUCUCAAUCUGUAGGAAGGUAAUUAAAUGUACAAUGUAUGCACAUGUGUACAAGAUCAUUUUGCUGAACAUGGGUUUUUUAUUUUUUUAUUUUUUUUAUUUUUUUUUUCAUUAAAGUCUACUUUUGUCUUUGUGACUAUUUGAUAGAAUUCUGAAGCUGGUCAUAAUGUUAGAGAGCAUGAAACACAUUGCAUUGUGCAGGCUUACCAAUAAGUAAAGCUUCCAGAAGUUUGCUCCUUGUUUUUCUCCUGGACAGAAUGCAAUAAAGAGCUCACAUCUAUAAUUACUUUUAGUAUUUGUAUAUGUUUUUUUAGAUAUCUUUAGGGAGCAUAAAUAACUUAGGUAGUUCUCCAACUUCU